AUGUCGUCUCUCUCGUCGUCCGCAGCGCUGUACUCGUCGGCGCCGCUGAAGCGGGUGGAUCAACUUCAGUUUGGAGUGUUUUCUUCCGAGCAAAUUCGCAAGAUGUCUGUCUGCGAGGUGACGACGUCUGAACUGUACGAGCACGGGAUGCCCAAAGCGAACGGAUUGAACGAUCUGCGUCUCGGGACGCUCGACUACCGGCAGCAGUGCCGCACCUGCAACAUGGAUGUGAAGAACUGCCCAGGGCAUUUUGGCCACCUGAACCUUGUGAAGCCGGUCUACCACUACGGCUUCCUCGGCGCCGUCCUUCGAGUCCUGCGAUGCGUCUGCUACGCCUGCGGGAAGCUCCUCGUGGACCGCCGGGACCCGAAGAUGCAGCAGGUAUUGAAGAUUCGGUCGCCUUCGCGGCGUCUGAAGCACGUCCUGGACGCCUGCUCCGGACGAAAGCGAUGCGAAGGCUACCUGCCGCUUCCCACGGACGGGGCUCCCGCGCCACUCGCGGAGGAGGGCGAGGGCGGCUGCGGCUGCGUCCAACCGCGCUACUUCAAGGAAGGGCCCAACAUCAUGGUCCUGUUCCCUGACAACCGCGAGGAAGGCGACGAGGACGUCGCGGAAGACAUCCGGCGGAUCUUCGCGGCGGAAGAGGCCUACACGGUGCUUCGGCGCAUUUCCGAGGAUGACCUCAAGAUGAUGGGCUUCGACCCCGAGAGAGCCCACCCCGCGUCGUUCAUCCUCUCCACGCUGCCGAUCCCGCCUCUCGCUGUGCGGCCGUCUGUGCAGUACGGCAGCGCGCGAAGCGAGGACGACUUGACGCUGAAGCUCGUCGACAUCGUCAAAACGAACCUCUCGCUCAAGAGACAGGGCGACAGCGUUCCCAGUGCGGUGCUCCAGGAAAUGGUCAUGCUGCUCCAGUACCACGUCACGACGCUCUUCGACAACGACAUUCCCGGCAUGCCGGUCGCCACCACGCGAGGGAAGAAACCGAUAAAGUCGAUUCGCGCCCGGCUCAAGGGGAAAGAAGGACGGCUCCGUGGCAACCUCAUGGGAAAGCGUGUGGACUUCUCGGCGCGUACCGUCAUCACGGGAGAUCCGAUGCUUCCUAUCGAUACAGUCGGCGUCCCCAAGAGCAUCGCCAUGACACUGACCUACCCAGAGUUCGUGACGCCCCUCAACAUCGGCCAGCUCCGGCAGCUAGUCAAGACAGGCCCUUUCGACUGGCCAGGCGCGAAAUACGUCAUCCGAGAUGAUGGCAGCAGAUUCGAUUUACGUCACGCGAAGAAGGGCGGCGAAGUUGUCUUGGAGGUUGGGUAUCGGGUGGAGCGCCACAUGCGAGACGGCGACUUUGUGCUGUUCAAUCGACAGCCUUCGCUGCACAAAAUGUCGAUUAUGGGGCACCAAGUGAAGAUUCUUCCAUACUCGACUUUCCGACUAAACCUGUCGGUCACGUCUCCGUACAACGCCGAUUUCGAUGGAGAUGAAAUGAACUUGCACUUGGCGCAAAGCGAGGAGACGCGCGCCGAGAUCAAGCACUUGAUGAAGGUUCCGAAGCAAAUCGUCUCGCCGCAGGGAAACAAACCGGUUAUGGGAAUCGUGCAGGACUCCUUGUUGGCGGUGAGCAAGUUCACCCGGCGGGACACUUUCUUGACCAAGCCGAUGGUGUACAACAUCCUGCUGCAGAUUCCGUACUGGAGCGGCGUGGUCCCGCCGCCGGCCAUUGUCCGUCCAGUGCCUCUGUGGACGGGGAAGCAGCUGUUCUCUCUGUUGCUGUUCUUCGACUCCUCGGUCUCGGGCGGCAACACGAAGACGCGGAUCAACAUGCAGCGCGACGUGGGCGCGGGCCUCGUGGAUCGGAAGAAGGAGAACCUGUUCAUAAGUGAGCGGGACGAGCGGGUGAUCAUCCGCCAGGGCGAGUUGCUCGCGGGGAAGAUCUGCAAGAAGAUCGUCGGAUCUGCCAGCGGGUCUCUGAUUCACCUGCUCUGGCUGGAGGCCGGCCCGGAGCGCACGAAGGACUUCCUGUCCACGCUGCAGAAGCUGACCAACUACUGGCUCCUGCAUCAGGGGUUCACCGUCGGGUGUAAAGACAUCAUCGCGAACGAGGAGACGAACGAGAAGGUGCGAGACAUUCUCGACCAAGCCAAGAAGGAAGUCGACAAGUUGAUUCGCCUCGCACACCGCGGCCGCCUGGAAUCGCAGCCCGGAAAAAGUCUGCGAGAAAGUUUCGAGGCCCGCGUCAACAAGGAGCUCAACAGCGCGCGCGAACGCAGUGGAAAAGUCGCUGCAGAGAGCCUCGACGAAUCCAACAACAUCAUGGCUAUGGUGCUGGCGGGCUCCAAAGGAAGCACCAUUAACAUUUCCCAGAUUAUGGCCUGUGUCGGCCAGCAGAACGUCGAGGGGAAGCGUAUUCCUUUCGGGUUCAAUGAGCGCUCGCUGCCGCACUUCCACAAAUUCGACUAUUCGCCACAGAGUCGCGGCUUCGUUGAGAACAGCUACCUUUCCGGUUUAGAGCCUCACGAGCUCUUCUUUCACGCCAUGGGUGGUCGGGAAGGUAUUAUUGACACGGCCUGCAAAACUUCAGAGACAGGGUACAUUCAGCGGCGUUUGAUGAAAGCCAUGGAAGACGUGAUGGUGUACUACGACAGGACGGUGCGCAACUCGAUCUGCGAAGUUUUGCAGUUUCUCUACGGCGAGGACGGCAUGAGUGGCGAGUACGUUGAAGACCAGACGGUCGAGCUGAUGACGCUGGACAACGAGAAGCUGAAGCGGCUGUAUCGGCACGACGUUGACCAAGAGAGCUACGGCAAGGGUUGGCUGUCGGACGAGAUGCGGAACGAGAUCCUGACGGACUUUGAGUUGCAGCAGCCUCUGGAAGAGGAAUUUGAGGCGAUCCGCGAAGACAAGAACCGACUGUGUCGCCACAUUUUUAAAGACGGCGAGACGAAGCAACACAUCCCCAUCAACAUCUUGCGGCUGCUCGAGUUCGCCAAGGCGCAGUUCCCCAGCGGUGACAACUCGCGGAAGCAGAGUCCGAUUGAAAUCGCUCGGAAAGUCAACGAGUUGCUCAACGACAAACUGGUUGUCGUCAAGCAGACCACGAACGCAGACGCGAUCUCCGCGGAAGUGCAAGAGAACGCCACCAUCUUCAUGAAGGCCCAUCUGCGAACGGUGCUGAACUCGCGGCGACUCCUCGAACGCGAACGCGUCGGCCCGAAGGCGCUGCAGUGGCUUCUCGGAGAAGUCGAGCGGCAGUUCCACCGCGCCCUCGCGCACGCCGGCGAGUGCGUAGGGGCGAUUGCAGCCCAGUCGAUCGGAGAGCCUGCGACGCAGAUGACUCUCAACACUUUCCACUUUGCUGGUGUCGGGAGCAAAAACGUAACGCUUGGUGUUCCAAGGCUGAAGGAGUUGAUCAACGUCGCGAAACAGGUCAAGACGCCGUCCCUCACGGUGUAUCUGCAGGACGAGAUCGCCAUGGACCAGGAGCGCGCCAAGGACGUCCAGACGCACUUGGAGCACACGACGUUGGACCGCGUCACGGUCGUGUCGCAAGUGAUUUACGAUCCAGACCCGACGGACACGAUCAUCCCGCAGGAUCGACAGUGGGUGCACGACUACUACGAGUUCCCGGACGACGACGAGCUUCCAAACAACUUGGGCCGUUGGCUGCUGCGCAUUCAAAUGGCCAGCAAAGUGAUGAUUGACAAGAAGUUGACGAUGAAGGAGAUCGGCGAGAAAAUCUACGCGGAGUUCCCGAACGAGGAGCUAGACUGCAUCUGGACGGACGACAACAGCGACGACUUGGUGCUCCGCAUCCGCAUCAAGCACCAGCCGGGCGUGGGCGAGGGCGAGGAGAAAGAGGAAGACGACGUCUCCGAAGCGGAAGACCGGUUUCUGCAGAAACUGAUGGUCCAGUGCCUCGCCGGCAUCACGCUGCGCGGCAUCACCAACAUCUCCAAAGUGUACAUGCGGGAAGAAGCUCGAACGGUCUACAAUGUCCAACUCGGGAAGUUCGAGCGGACCAACAACUGGGUGUUGGACACAGACGGCUGCAACUUGGAAGAUGUGUUGCCCAUUCCGAUGGUGGACCACGCGAGGACGACUUCGAACGACAUGACCGAGAUCUUCCACGUGUUGGGAAUCGAGGCGGUUCGCCGCGCGCUGCUUCGGGAGCUCAGAGCUGUCAUUUCGUUCGACGGCAGCUACGUCAACUACCGCCACUUGGCGAUUUUGUGCGACACCAUGACGCAGAAGGGCUACUUGAUGAGCAUUACGCGCCACGGAAUCAACCGUAUCGACAAGGGGCCUUUGAUGAAGUGCAGUUUCGAGGAAACUGUCGAAAUUUUGAUGGAGGCUGCCGUCUUCGCCGAGGCAGACCACCUGAAGGGAGUCACCGAGAACAUUAUGAUGGGGCAGCUGUGCCCGCUGGGCACGGGCUACUUCGACGUUUUGAUCGAUGAAGAGAAGCUGAAGGACGCGUCGCACAACCUCGACGGUCUCGGCGGCGCGGGAGGCGACUUAGAGGGGGGACUCCUCGGCGGCUCGCCGACGUCGGCCGCCGACGGUCACUUGAUCACUCCUGACGGCUCCUUCACGCCUUCGCCUCACCAACUGAACUCGGUCUUCUCCCCGACGCCCUUCUCGACAGUCUACACGUCUUUCGCGACGAGUCCGACGAACCCUCUGUCGCCGACUGCGCUCGGCGGAUCGCAUGCAGGUGUCGACACUCAGCAGCUCGGUGGGAAGUUUUCGCCUACGCAGCAAACGCCGCGCUCGCCGACUUCACCGCUGUCUCCGCUGUCGUGUUUCUCUCCGAGAGAUCCACACAGUCCCCUCUCUCCGUCCGCGGGGCCUCCCGGAGGCGUCUUUUCCCCGACCUCUCCGAUUCUGGGCAGCGCACUUGAAACGUCUUCGCCGUCUUACUCGCCGUCUUCGCCCCAGUCCGCGUACUUCCAGGGGAACGACGGAAGCUCCAGCGCCGUGGACAUGGUGAUUUCUCCGGGGGGAAUUGGCGACGGCAGGGUUCGAGGCCCAAGUUCGUACUCGCCUACCUCGCCGACACUGUCUCCUUCGUACUCGCCUUCGUCGCCGCCGAGCUACUCUCCGACGUCUCCCGCCUACUCGCCGACGUCCGCUGUCCUGAGUGUGACGUCGCCAGUUGCCGGUCCGGGAGACGGCAAGACGCCUCUGAGUCCGUUCUCGCCGAGCAACAAUCCGAUGUCGCCUCACUUCUCUGCUUCCUCUCCGUCGUACUCGCCGACGUCCCCCGUACAGCAAAGCAACCCAACUUCUCCGACGUCGCCCUUCUCUCCAGCCUACUCGCCGACUUCCCCGCGCUACUCGCCAACCUCGCCCAUGUACUCUCCGACGUUCGCGCCGUACUCUCCUCAGAGCCCGAGCUACGGAGGCGCGCCGGGUCAGGGGCCUCUCUCGCCAAGCUUCACGGUCCAGUCUCCUCGGUAUUCGCCGUCUUCGCCCGCUGCGUAUUCGCCGACCUCGCCGAUGCCAAACGUUGCGAAUUCGCCCUCCUAUGACGACGCACACGCACCUGCAAGGGGUGGGACAUACUCCCCGACUUCGCCCAUGUAUGAAGCAAAUGAUCCCUUCUCGCCGGACCCCUUCGCCGCCGAGGUGAUCGACGAAGUGGGAGAUGUGGCUGCUUUGGAAAGUCCGACAGAAGAUGCAGGCGACCUGAAUCGAGGCAGUCGUGCCUGA